AUGGCAGCCAAAUCAGCAGCAUCAGCGGUCUUCCGCACCGCCUUCCGCCCUCGCCACAACCCUCUGCUUUCGUCACGCUUUGCUUCCCUUCAGACCCGCCUGCUGUCGCAAGAGACCAGACAAGCCAUCGACAAGGCUGUUGAGUCGGCACCCGUUGUCCUGUUCAUGAAGGGUACNCCCGAGAUGCCCCAGUGCGGUUUCUCAAGAGCAAGCAUUCAGAUCCUCGGCCUGCAGGGCGUCAACCCAGCCAAGUUCACUGCUUUCAACGUUCUUGAGGACGAGGAGCUCAGAUCAGGAAUCAAGGAGUACUCAGAGUGGCCCACCAUUCCUCAGCUCUACGUUGACAAGGAGUUCAUUGGAGGAACUGAUAUUCUCAUGUCGAUGCACCAGGAUGGAUCAUUGGCCAAGCUGCUCGAGGAGAAGGACGUUUUGGUCCCAGCAGAGUAG